CGGAGGUUUGGGAGACUCCGGGCCGCUCGGCAGCCGGCGGGCCACCCGGGCCUCCGCGGAGACGAUGGCGAAGGGAGAAGUUCUCCGCGUUAGGAUUCAUCCACGUUCAAGAUACUGCCUAAAAAAUAGCCUCAGAAACAGGGUCAUCUGUAGAACUCCGCCAAAGGAAAAAGCACAAGACUUCAGGAAGCCAGGAAGCCAGAGCAGAGAAGACCAGAAGCCCCGCAGUUUCUGAAAGACUUUCAAAAUAUUUAUCCUUUCAGCGCGUUGCCAAGGUGUUUAUUGGCUGUAUCGCAGCCGUCGUCAGUGGCGUGAUGCAUGUUUUCUACUUAUCAGCGUACCACGAGCGGAAAUUCUGGUUUUCCAACAGGCAGGAACUUGAACGGGAAAUCACAUUUCAGGGUGACAGUGCUAUUUAUUACUCCUAUUACAAAGACAUGUUAAAGGCGCCAUCGUUUGAAAGAGGUGUUUACGAGCUGACGCACAACAACAAGACCGUCUCCCUGAGGACAAUCAACGCGGUGCAGCAGCUGUCUCUGUACCCGGAGCUCGUUGCCAGUGUUCUCUACCGAGCAACAGGGAGCCAUGAGAUGAUUGAACCAGUCUAUUUCUACAUUGGCAUUGUCUUUGGAUUACAAGGAAUAUAUGUGACAGCUUUAUUUGUCACAAGUUGGCUUAUGAGUGGCACGUGGCUCGCAGGAAUGCUUACCGUUGCGUGGUUCCUAAUUAAUAGGGCAGAUACAACAAGAAUUGAGUACUCCAUUCCUUUAAGAGAAAACUGGGCUCUACCAUAUUUUGCGUGCCAAGUUGCUGCGCUUACAGGCUAUUUAAAAAGAAAUCUAAACACUUACGCAGAGAGGUUUUGCUACCUGUUGAUGAGCGCCUCAACAUACACUUUCAUGAUGGUGUGGGAGUACAGCCACUACGUCUUGUUUCUUCAAGCAGUCUCCCUCCUGCUGCUGGACGUCUUCUCGGAGGAACAGAGUGACAAGAUUUACGAGGUGUAUAAAAUCUACAUAUUUUCCCUUUUCCUUGGAUAUUUACUACAGUUUGAGAAUCCAGCUUUAUUGGUGUCUCCUUUAUUGAGUUUAGUAGGAGCGUUAAUGCUAAUUAAGUGCCUUCAGCUGAAUGGGAAAAAAGGAACUUUUGUGGCUAAAGUAAUCAAAGUGUUUAAGUUUUAUUUGGUAUGUACUCUGCCGCUGACCUUGAAUUUGAUAAUGAAGACAUUUGUCCAACACAAAGAAAAUGAGCAUGUGCUAAAAUUUCUUGAAGUAAAAUUUGGACUAAAUGUGACUAAGAAUUUUACACUGAACUGGCUGCUCUGUCAGGAGUCUCUCCAGGCACCGUCUCAGGAUUUCUUUUUACGAUUGACACAAUCUUCCCUAUUACCAUUCUAUAUUUUAGUGUUGAUUAUUUGUCUUCUUUCUAUGACUCAAGUUAUUUUUAGGAGGAUGAAUGGUAAAUCCAAGAAAGAAAUUGUAACUCUUGAAGACGGGAGAAUUGGAGAAAGGCCAGAAAUCAUUUACCAUGUCCUUCAUACUCUUGUCCUGGGUUCCCUCGCCAUGCUGAUGGAAGGCCUGAAAUUCCUCUGGACCCCAUACGUGUGCAUGAUGGCAGCGUUUGGCGUCUGCUCCCCUGAGCUGUGGAUGACACUCUUAAAGUGGCUUCGGCUGAGGACUGUGCACCCUAUCCUGCUGGCUCUUAUUCUGAGCAUGGCUGUGCCCACUAUUAUAGGUCUUAGUUUAUGGAAAGAGUUUUUCCCGAGAUUAAUUACAGAAUUAACAGAACUGCAGGAAUUCUAUGAUCCAGAUACAGUGGAGCUCAUGACCUGGAUAAAGAGGCAAGCUCCAGUUGCAGCCGUGUUUGCGGGAAGCCCACAGUUAAUGGGUGUGAUCAAGCUGUGUACCGGCUGGAUGGUGACGAGCUUGCCACUUUAUAGCGAUGAUGAUCUUCUCAAGAGAAACGAAAAUAUUUACCAGAUCUAUUCAAAGCGAUCUGCUGAGGACAUUUAUAAGAUACUAACAUCUUACAAAGCUAACUACCUAAUUGUGGAAGACGCCAUCUGCAAUGAGAUGGGAACCAUGAGGGGCUGCAGGGUUAAAGAUUUAUUAGAUGUUGCAAAUGGACAUGUGCUUUGUGAAGAAGACAACAAAUUAACCUUUUCAAAGUACGGACGGUUUUGUCAUGAGGUCAAGAUUAACUAUUCUCCAUAUGUGAACUACUUCACUCGUGUGUACUGGAAUAGGUCCUACUUCGUGUAUAAGGUCAACACUGUGAUCUCCUUCCAGUCUUGAGAAGAACAGAGCCUUUGCUUCAGAGACUGCUACUUGAAGUCACAUGCAGGGUUCUGGACCUGCAAGGUGUCCUGCAGGGGGUGUGGAUGUCUGAACUGCUGCUGCUCCUCCCACACCUGCUGCUGAUUCCUGGGUUUACGGUUUUGUUGGAAGUAGAUCAGAUGUCGCUGUCUUAGUAAAAUGUCAGAUCCACCAUGCUUUCUUCCUUAGUUCAUGAUUGAAGAUUUCCUAUUGCAUCAUCUCCUCAUGAAUCUUAUCUAUCAUAAUAUUGAUCUUUAAUUUGGAUAUUUUUCAAGGUCAGUGUUUACUUCAAAAGCAUAAUUUUUAAUAAGUACUUAGUGUGAUUUAGUUCUAUAGUAGAAGAGGAAAUUCACAAAGCAAGUUUGUAACAGAUGUGAAUUUUUUACAAUUAAAAAUAAUUUAAAUGUUAGUUAAAAUAGGUGACAUUUAAAUUAGAAGAGAAAUAACAUAAAGGAAAGUGAUUCUUUUUAUGAUAUUGUUCCUGUCAUCUGCUGCUCGAGUGAUCUAGCAUAUUCUUAGCAACACAUAGGAUGAAUUAGUACUUGGAUUAUUUCAUGGCUAUUAAGUGAUUGCCUUUCUCACUUAUGCCCAUUAAAUGCCUAACAAUUUAAUCAUGCUAAAACAACAACUUGUGUGUGUGUGUGUGUGUGUAUGGACACAAAUAUGUACACACAUGUACAUACGUAUGUAUGGACAUUUCAGAGAAUUUUAGGGUUUUGUGGAUGUGGAGUAUACAGUCUAAUCACUGUUUUCUUGGACGUAUUAAGUGAAAAUAAUGAGCACUGACACAGUGAUGGCAAUGACACUGCCAUGGGCACCGUUCUCUGGAGGUGGUGCAGAUUUAAACACGCCUGUAUAGAGGUGUAUUGCUUAUAAAGUAUAGCCAACGAAGUGAUGUUAUUUAUGAAACAUCUUAUGUUUAACAGUAAGAGCAAAGUGAGGAUUAAAUAAAAUUUUCACCAUUUCACAUUAUAAAUGCUAUAUUUCUUUGUGUAUUUGCACUUUUUUAUCAUUAAAUUCUAAGCCAGGGCAGUGACUCGCACCAUUAAUCCCAGCAUUUGGGAAACAGAGGCAGGCAGCUCUCUCUGAGUUCCACGACAGCCAGAGAUACAGAGUGGAACCCUGUUUCAGGGAGGAAAAGAAAAGAAAAAAAUUGUAAAUUAAUUUGGCCUUUUAAAGAGAUUGAGGGUGGGUGAAGCCUGUAGAGAAACGGUUUGACUGAAAUGAGUAUUUGAUUUUAUGUUAGACAGUUGUUGAGUUCUCUACCUUAUUUGUUAGCGUGCUGUGAAGUUACAUUUUCAGAACUCUAAAUUAGUACAUUAGGAGGAAAAUAAUCUCUUUUCUUUCUGUAAUAGAUAUGUACAGAAAUAUUUUUCUUUUUCAGGGAUGUGUACUUAGAGUAACUUUAAGAUACUUUAUCAUUGUGGACCAUACCUUCUGGUCUAGCGUCUCAGGCUGACUCUGAGCACCUUGGUAGUCAGUAGUGGUUAGCAUCAGGCUUUGUGAAAAAUGACCAGGGCUCAAGUACACAAUGAGUAGCCAUUUGGUCAUACUUAGGAUCAAAUCAUGCAGAAGCCGGGCGUUGGUGGCGCACGCCUUUAACGAGCACUCGGGAGGCAGAGGCAGGCCUCUGUGAGUUUGAAGCCACCCUGGUCUACAAUAGCUAGUUCUAGGACAGGCUCCAAAACUACAGCAAAACCCUGCCUUGAAAAACCAAAAAACAAACAAACAACAACAACAAAGCAAAACAACACCAUGCAGAAGCAGCUUAUAUACUGUAAAGUACAAACCCUGUUUCCCUUGUAAUACGAAAUAUUCAAUUGAAUUUUUACUGAUAUGGUAACGUGUGGGGUUUUAGUUUCUUUUUUUCCUGAAAUAAUAAUUUGCUUUGCUCCUGUCAAUAUAUUUCUUAAAUAAACACAGAAUUUCUUAAUUAAAAGUUUAUAGUUAGUCCCAGGCAAGGUGGUAUACUCUUUAUCCCCAGCUCUCAGGAGGCAGAGGCAGGUGGAUCUCUGGGUUCCGGGCCAGCCUGUCUACAGAGAGAGUUCCUGGACAGCCACGGCUGUAGAGUGAGGCUCUCAGAAAACCAAAACAAAAAAAAGUUAAAGAGUUUAUAAUUAAAUUUUCACUUGGAAUCAACUGAACCAGACGUAAGCUUUAUUGUGGCGGGUACACUGGCUGUGUCGGUAGGUCAGCGGCAGAGGCUCGAGUAGCGUACUCAAGGCCCUGAGUUCAGUCCCCGGCACUACCAGAAAAAAGACAAAAAUGAAGGAAAGAGAAGAAUAAAAUGAUAAUGGUAGGUGUGAGAGAUAAGUUGAUUUACUUCUAUCUUAAUUGUCGCCAACACUAGAACAUAUUAAAUGCUGAAAGCACUUAACUUUUUACUUAGUAACGUAUAGAACAAGUGAAAAAAUCUGCAAGUAGUAAUAACAUGGUGCCUCGCAGCCGUCAGGUUCAGCGGUGGAGCUGCGUCGGAGCAGCAGAGCUUGUGGGGUUGGGGUAGGAAGGAGUUCCUCAAAGAAACAUAAAACAGUUUGCUCUUAGUAUAACUAACCCAUUGAAAUAAGUGCCUUAUGGUCUUUAUUUCUAAAUUCGUUUGAUAUUUCAUAUCGUAUCAGCCACUUUCUUUCCCAUAAGAAAGAUUGGUAACUUUUGUGCAUUGGUGAAAUAGAGAAGGGCUGAGGAGGAAGCCCUGCCUGCAGUAGAGCGCUUCCUGAGAUUAACCCCACUGUGCACCGCCACCAUCAGCUUCAGUAGUGAGCACAUCUGUGUCUCCUCACUAAGUCAUCCAGCCUCUCGGGUGCCAAGUAGUCCACAAAGAGAGACUGAGCUGGUAAGGGAUGUGAUAGGACUCUGUGAGUUUAGUACUGUUCUUAUGACUUGGCAUCUGCAUCAUGGUGUUGGGCAUUAUACUGGCAGAGUCGUACAGUCUGUGUGUAUGUCCUGUACUUCAGCACUAACUCAGCACACACAGGCACACACAUGCGCACAGUCACACACGUGCGCACAGGCAAAAAUGUGCACACAGGCUUUUCUUUCCCUGAUUGUAACCCAGAUUGCCAGUCGCCUCACUGUUCUGACUCUCCCAUACCAGCCAGAUUCAGUCAACAAAGAAUGGAGAAAAAGAAGUGGAAGUGUUAACCAUUUAGGCUGAAAAAUAUGCCUCAAACAGAUUAUUAAUUUCUUGUAUAACUCUGUUACUAAAUUAGUUUUGAGAAAUCUUUGGGGCCUCUUAUUUUUGAACUGGUAAUACAUUUUGAUGCCUCUUUUUGUAUAAAAGUAGUAUUUUUUUUCAGUUGGUGGAGUUUUUAACAGUUAUGUAAAUCAAUCUUUUGGCAAAUUUAUUUUUAAUGCAUGAAUGUUUCAAGGACAUGUGCUGCUAAUUCUGUAUAUUUAGGAACCUUUUUUUAAGCUAAUAAUUACUUUCUAAUUUAUAUCAGUAUAUCCUUUCUUCGUUUAUCCCUCUUUUAACAUUUCUAGUCUUGCUGUGUUUGGUGGUGCACACCUGUGAUCACAGCACUUGGGAGAUAGAGACAGAAGGGUCAAGUGUUCAAAGUCAUCCCCAGCUACAUAAAUGAGUUUGAGGCCAACCUGGGUUGCAUGAGCCCCUCUGUAAAGAAAAAAAAUUCAAAAAUUAAAUGCAGAAUCUCUAUUGUUGUCAUUUGCUAAUAGCAUUUAGACUCAAUAUGUAUUAGAAUUCUGGCUCUGGUCUGGUGGGAUGACACUCAACAUUUAAUCACAGCACUCGGGAGGCAGAGGCAGGAGGAUCUCUGAGUUGGCGGCCAGCCUGGUCUACAGAGCUAGUUCCAGGACAGCCAAGGCUAUACAGAGAAACCCUGUUUCCAAAAAUCAAAAACAAAAAAGAAUUCUGACUCUGUAAAUUACAAGAAAAAUCAAACAAGUUCUUACUUAAAUUACUGAGUUUUUUUAAUGUAUAAGGUUAAUGCUUUAAAUAAGAUUAGAUGCAAUGUUACAAAGGAAUAUAUAUGAUACUUUAUUUUCUAAAUAAUAAAGUUGCUUUUGUAAUAAAAUGUACAUGUCAGAGCCAAAUGUGUUGAAUUUAGUAUAAAGGUUUCAUUGCAUUUGUUUCUGCUUCUGUCUCCUAGAAUUAUAAUCUUGACAUGUAGAAUACUGUGUGCAAUUCUAUGAGAAAUAGACUUUACUUGUGAUUGUUAUCUAUAUUUUGUGAAAUGAUGACAUAACAUAAACCUUCAGUAUCUAAUAUAAUACCCGUCUCUGUUUUAAGCCAAUGCCUCCUACAGCUGUUAACAGCAAAUAGAGGUGUGGGUGGUCUCUGAGUCCGUCUACAGUGUGUGUAUGUAGAGUAACUGUGUUCUUCCUGCAACUAAGUUACGUUGCCAAAAAAGUGUAAAAUGUCAGUAAAUACAAAUGCUUUAAAAGAGUUUCCUAGAAAUAGUUUUAUUCCAGAUUUUGUAGCAUUAAUAUCCUUUUAUCAAUAAUGAAGUUCUUUUGUGCUCAUUUACCCUCAUUUUGUCUUCUUAAUAAAACUUCUCAGAAUUUUAA